AUGACGCCAAGUGAUGUUGAGCACCCAAGAGACGUAGUUACAGGUGCAACCCACUCAUUUAUAUCUAAGAGAUUUGUUAAAGUAUUUGACAUAGAGAAUCAACCGUUAGGAGUUGAGUUAAGUGUGGCCACACCGGCAAGGAAGGAGGUUAGAUUCAGACCUCUAGGUGAGCAGGAGUUUAGAUUCAUAGGGUCAUGUGUGCGCUCUGCACCACGGAUCCUUUUGGUGAUUCAAGCAAAAAAAUUACUCCUAGGGGGCUGUCAAGGGUACCUUGCGUAUGUGAAAGAAGCACCAAAGGAAGGACUGAAGCUGGAGGAUAUUCUAGUAAUUCAGGAGUUCCCAGAUGUUUUUCCUGAAGACUUACUGGCGUUACCUCCUAAUCGUGAAGCGGAGUUCACCAUUGAGUUGACUCCAGGAACGAUGCUAAUCUCCAAGGCUCCGUACUGA